AUGGACACCUACCGCAAGAUGUUUUCAGUCUUUGUCAUAUUCAUAGUAGUAUGCCUUUGUUUUUAUAUUUCUCAAUUUGAAUAUAAUCUCAAGAACGUACAAAACAUUUGGAAUUUGACUUCAAGAACUAAGCAGUAUGUUUCCUACAGAAGGAAUUCCUCUCGAUUGUUUCCAGGUAAUCAACCUGAAAACGAUCGUAUCGAAGCUCAAAUGAAAUAUGUCCCACCAGGAGAGGAAAGAUGGGAAAAUUAUACACGGAAUACGCACCAAAAUCAAUCAGAUUCUGAUCGAAAUGUAAAGUUAAAGCCAAGUAGACCAAAGUUUAAAACGUUGUUAAUAUACAGUUUAAGAUAUCUGCAACCAUUGAAGGAAAAUCAAACGAGUUUCCUGGAAUAUAAAUGUCCAGUUAAUGAAUGUUUAGUCACAAACAACAAAGCAAUGCAAAAUAGUGUAGAUGCUAUUUUCUUUUAUGAGAGAGUGGGACUAUCACAGAAACCAACCCACACGAACCAAAUAUGGAUUUUUAUGACACAAGAGUGUCCUGUUUUCAACCCAUCAGUGAAACAUCUGGGAAACAAAAUCAACUGGACGAUUACCUAUCGGCAGGACAGUACGAUUGUAUAUCCUUACGGAAAAUUUCGAUAUUUUAACAAGUCAGUAAGACAAAAAGUACAAGUUCAAAAUUAUGCAACGGGAAAAACAAAGAAGGUUGCUUGGUUCGUAUCGAACUGUGGUCCAAGCAACAAUCGCAUGGGCUAUGCUAAGGAGCUCGGAAAAUAUAUCCAAGUGGAUAUUUACGGUGGAUGUGGUACAAAAAUUUGCACGAGAAGGAAUGAAAAUAAAUGCUUUGAGAUAUUAAAAAAGGAAUACAAAUUUUAUUUGGCAUUCGAAAAUUCCAAUUGUAGAGAUUAUAUUACUGAAAAAUUUUUCAUUAAUGGUUUGAAGUAA